GUAUGAGUCAGUAAAUCCCGCACUGUGUUCGUGAAUGCGUCCAACGUGAGAGGUCAGUGUGCGCACAAGUCAGACAAGGACUUAGCUCACUGUGGCCAGAGGUGCGUUCUAUCAUCAGGCUUGAGAGUUGUCACUAAUCAAUGCUUGUAAUUGCAGUGCAGUGAAUAAAUUUUGCGAUUAUUAGCGUGCAUGAUAUAGACAUUGAAUUACCUAUUAACAAACGAUCCCCUGCGAAACCUAAACGAACUAACGAUAACGUAGAAUUGUAUGAGUAAGGAUUUACCAGUGUCGUUGGUUUGGCGUCGUUGAUGUUGUCGUCACUGAGGUCCCCAGGCUUCAUGUCCCCCACUCCUGACCGAUGGAGUUCAACUGGGCUGUCUGGAACAGCCCUCGAUUCAAGACUGGACUCUUCCAGCUUCAACAACUCGCUGGUAUCUGGUAGUUAUGCCAGCAAUUCGACCAAUUUUAACUGCAGUCCCGGUAGCAGUGGCAGUAAUUCCAGUCUAACGGGGAGUGUCGGCAGUUCAGUAUCGGGGAGUUGUAGCCCGUCGCAGCUCCUGAACUGGAUGUGUCUCCUAGCUGCUGAGCAUCGCAACCAAAAUCAAACGCAAGGGUCGACGCUUAACAACCACAUGUCCCCUUCCGACGCUCUACAGAACCGGAAGGCAACUUCUAGCAUCUGGAAUAGUCGUAGCAACAGCAGCAGUGUCCUCAGCCCAAAUUCUUACAACUCCAACUUAGACUCGGGCCUUGUCGGAGCGCUAUCCAGUCUAUCCAGCACCCAACACUCCAACGGCAGCUCAUCUUAUCUUAACCACAACAAUUUUCCCUCAAAUAUCUCCAAUAACAAUACGAGCUUUCUGAAUAACAACCUACGAGCAACGAGCGACAUCAGUUCUCUUUUAAACCCUACGACUCCCAGUGGCUUCAACUCCUCUGGGCUCUUGAACGGUUUGGCAAACAUGUCGGCUGCAGAGUUGGCCGCGCUAUCGUCGCUCUCUUCCUUCUCGGGUCUAGGCGGCAUCAACAGCCUCAGCUCUGCCCUAAACGGCGUCAACAAUUUUAGCUCCAUGAACAGUCUGGCCUCGUAUCCUGAUUCUGGAUACGGUUAUGGGUCGUCCUUCAAUGGGUUACAUAGCCCUGUGCACUCAACAGGGCUCAAUGGCAGUAUAGGCGAGCUGACAGAGCAGCUCAGCGAGCUUUCCCUGGCUUACGAUCGAAAAAAUAAAAUUCGCAAGCUUCCACCGAAUUACUUGUGCCAUCUGUGCUUCAAAAAAGGACAUCAUAUCAAAGAGUGCCCUCAGGCGCGUCCGAAGGGGGAAGGUCUGACCCCCUACCAGGGCAAGAAGCGCUGCUUCGGCGAGUUUCGCUGCACCAAGUGCAAGAGGAAAUGGAUGAGCGGCAACUCGUGGGCCAACUGCAGUCAGGAGUGCAUCAAAUGUAGGAUUAAAGUCUACCCGCACAAACAGAGACCUCUCGACAAACCGGAUGGUUUGGACGUCUCUGACCAGUCGAAAGUUCACCCUCAGCAUCUCUGCGAAAAAUGCAAGAGUCUCGGCUAUUAUUGCAGGAGGGUGAACUAGAGUAUUGGUCGUUUGCGCAUAUUGGUAAGCAUAUGAAAUUUGUUGAUUAUCCAAAUCGCAUCACAAGACGUCGGCUUAAUUUCCUCGUUGCUAGCUUAUCCAUUCCUCUCGAAUUACCGAUGCAGCCUGAUAAUUAAAGUAUUUUCUGAAAACCUGCAAAAAAACUUGAAAUAUCAUGCCAACUCCCAAAAGUUGAAAGAGUUGAGUCGGCCUAAGUUGAAAAUGCAUUCGAGUGCAACGUAGAUUGAAUAUUUCUAAAAAAAAAAUAAAAAUUAUCAACUGCCACUUGGAAUCCACAUCACGUCAUUAGGGUAUGCCAUCUGGAGGAAACCUGGCUAGACGCAAGAAGAAUUUUUUUUCUGUACAAAUGCUUUGUGUGUGUUCAUGAAUGAGUGAACGAUAUAUUUUACGCACGUUUCGGAUGAUGCCAUGAGCAGUACACUCGCAGCCUGGAUAUUGCGAGAUGAUGAAGAACAUAUAUGUAUUGUAUUUGUAUUUUUCUACUUGAUAACUGAAGAGUUGAUAUAAGGCUUGUUUUGUGGAUUUAGUCCAAUUAGAAAGUCUGAUGAUAAUUAUUCUUGAUAUCGUUCAACUCGCUUUGCAACGAAAAUAGUAUUAGAAACGUUUCGAUUUAAAAAAUUUAAUUUUUGAAGCUUCCGCAAAUACCCAUAACAAUUUGAGCAGCACGUUACAUUGCUCGCAGAAUUUUAUUCCUUAAUUUUUAGCGUCAUUCUUUAGAACCAUUCCUACACCAGUGGAUGCUUACUAUAUAAUGACAUCAUCGGCGUGUGUCAAAACGGAGUAUCAGUCGUUUGCUUAAUUAGGUGCUAUAAAUAUUACACUUACGAGACGCUUCCUCAGUAAACGUACGUGACUUAGAUUGAUUAAUGAUAAGCUUAACAUGCCUGAGCAUUAAUUGCAUUACGAUUGAGCACUAUAGACUGCCCCUAACUACCUGCAAGACAUAAAGUUAUCGUCAAACUUGCGCACCGAAUGGAUUUUUUUGCUCCAUGAAUGGAAACUGUAAAAGUUCUGGCCGGUACUUCUUAGGAAAGAUAGAAAAAGUUUGUUAGCUUCUCCGAGUGGUGAAGUGCUGAAAAUUUUUUAGGAAAAAUCUUCGUCGUUUUGGUGGGGACAAAAAAACAAUUUUUCAUUUAAAGAAGCAAAUCUUUUACACGGGAGCCUUUUUUUACUUUCCAAAUUCAGAUUGGUACUGCUACAAAAUUAUUUAUAUCAUCGAUUACUCAAUUGUGAAAGUCUACGGGGCCAAUUAGGCUGCAUAAAACAUAAAAAAACAAGUGGCACACCAGAGGCGUGCAACAGGCCAUUUAUAAUUUCCUACGCAAUCUCAAGUAAUAAUGUGUGCUUCGCAUGGUUCAUGAUGAAUAAAUUAACCAAAUCAUUCUUCAGCACCAAUUUUUGAUCAACUUACUCAGUGCUAGACAUAUUUUAAGGCUCAGUGAGGUAAUGGGUUGGUUGCACCGGCAUAUUACAGCAUGCUAUUUUGAGACGAUAGUGUGGGGCGGUUUUGUAGCUUACACGAUCAAAGUUGCCAGCAAUGAGUUAGUCCUGCAGAGUCGGCCUAAGUUGAAAAUUUGAAUUUCCCAGUUCGAUUAAUUUUCACGUCCUGAUUUUGGUCAGGCUCUGCCCAGUCGGAAAAAGUCUCCAUUAUACAAUUACGUGGAUUUUCAAAAUGCUGUAAACUUGCUGAAUAGAAAAAAAACUUUUUGUUGACUGUUUCUAUUACAGAUGAAAUUUGUUCUUUCCUUGCAAAAAAAGAGUAAAAUUAACAUGUAAUGGAGCUGAUUUAUUUAAUGAAGCCAAGGGUAAAUCCUGAGACCGAACUGAUUUAAUUGGAGUGAAGUUGUACGUCUGCGUUUUUGACUUCCGGACGUUUCAGAAGCGUUAUUUGGUUGUUAAUGCUAUGGUAUCUGGUAUUAACAUCGGAGAUGAAAUGUUAUAAUUAAAAUUAGAUUUUAAUGCAUCAAAUACUACCUGUUUGAUUCACUGUUCUUCUUUUAUUAUACAGUGAGGCCAGUUUUCUAUAAUAUUCGUGUACUCGAUAAAUGUUGUCAAAAAACUAUGGUGUGGGUAAUUCGACAACAAUUUAAAAAUAUCGAAGCAUGUAUAAUUUUUGCAUAACCAUGAUGUGUAUGAUAGUUUCAAGUAUCAUGCGAACAAAUUUAUAUUUUUUCAGGUAUUUUUUACACUGAAUUUGAACGCUUUUAGCGCUCAAAUUAGAUGGUUUAAGUGUUUGUAUAUACUAUGGUGUUAAUUGUUCAUAUCCUGGUCGAAAUGUUUUAUGUACAUUUCUGUUUCUGCCUUCUAAAACGCGUUUUCCAGAUCCUUCUAGUUUAGUGGAAACAAUUAAAAUUCACCCAAGGAAUAUUGGGAUGGAGCCAAAGCCAUUUAUUCGUAUUUUGAGAGUCUGUCAUGCUAAUUUAGAGGUGCCAUAUAAUUAUUGUUCGUUUGAAUAUUCCAAUUAUCUUGCUUUGUUCGCUGUAUUUGCCGAUGUGUGAAGUUUUCAUGUUAUUAUCUGAAUUCCCACGUACGUACGUACGCAUCCCACCUACGCAGCAAUCAUAUGGUUAUAAAAAACAGCUUUUUGGGAUUUUUAGUGCGUUUCUUUCUUCUGCAACAGCACCUAUAGAAUCAUGUUUGGAUACGCAUGUGACUUGUAUUGUGUUUUAUUAUAACUUUUAAAUAAUUUUGCAUGCCAAGUCAUUGUUGGUUAAGUUAGUGCAUCUAUGCAUAUGCUCUGUAUAGUUUAACUUAAGAAUACCGUUAAAUUUACGGGAAUCAUUAAUACUAUAGAUUGACGUAUAAGUCAUAUCAACAAACAAACGAACAAACAGACAAGCAAUUUGCCUAUUUCUAGAUUUUCGAAUAUGUAGUCUAGCCACAUGUUAUUACGCAUUUAGGGUCGUUCAAAGUUUUUUACUUUCUAUGUAGGUAUUUAGAUUAGCUAGAUUUCAGCUGAUUAGUAGCAUAUUUGAACCUGGUCGAAAUUUUUUUUAUAUAUGGGUAACAUUGAGUGUGUUUGCAUUUUUUAGUUUUUGUUAAACCAUAAUUUUUGUAAACUUAAUGUACAACUUAAAUUAUUUCGAGUACGUUGUCAUCAUUCAAAAUAUUAGUUAAGAACAUAGUAAUUUUAGAAUGUAGUAUUUUAAUGUUACUUCUGCUUUUGUUCGCAAAUGGAUUCCAUUAUUAUUGACAACAUAAAAUGGAUCGUUCAUAAAUAAUGUGAACAUCCUCCAUAGCUUCCUGAACUUGUGAAUUCGAAGAAAACUUCCCUGCAGAAAAAAAUAACGACAAUUCUUAAAAUUUUAGUUCUGAAAUUUAAUAUCUUGAGUUGACUGUACUCUUCAUAUAAAAAAUUAUAACACAAAGGAUCCUAACUUACAAUUUCAUGCACUGUGCUCUAUUUGGUCUCUCACCGUUACUGUGUUGUUGCUUAUGGAGUUCGCUUAUAUAUUAUCACUCUCAUAACUUUUGUGAUGGAAUAAUAAUACGAUAGAGAAAUUCCAGUUAUACGGAAACUGAGUUUCAUCGUCAAAAGCAUCUGAAAUUAUCAAAUAGCUUUCAAAUGAAUGGACUCUCCAUGCGCAAUUGAACCAUCCAGUCCUUGGUUAAAAAAUAAAUGUAUUUAAAAAGAAGUGUUAAAUGCUAAAUUACAUACGAGAAUAAACGCUUGAGGAGGUAAAACGACGUCUGUCAUAUGGAAUUACAAUUUUUUCUAUGUGUUUAUUUCUUCAUCGCUCGUUUUAUUCAUGAUGAAAUUAAUGAUGGGUAAAUUAUCUUUAUGGACUCGUGAUGUUAAAUAUCGAACUAACCCAACUCUUUGUAUACGUUAUAAUCUUGUAUGACUUAAAUGGAGUCUGCUAAAGAGUCAUAAAAGAUAUUUAAUCCACAAAUUUUCGAGUCUUAUAAAGGGAUGGCAAUGAAGGGAUUCUAUUACUGGAUUGAAAAUUACUUGCUAGUUCAGUGACCCAGUAAUAAGGUUAUAAAUAUUGGCCAGUGCACACGUGGAGUAGGCAAGUUACCCAGCAGAAUGGAGGUCUGUUAGUACCGUGUCAGUUGCUCAGUUAUCUUUGGAGACGAAGCCUUUGAUCCUUUCAGAGCAACAGCUUCACAAUGGAAGUCUGUCUCGUCAGUAUGGCCUUUAUUGAUGCCUCUCCUCGGACCAUAUAUAUAGUAGUUUGUGUCCUCGCUUUCAUCACUUAAAAAACUGGAGAAAUUUUGUUAAAUUGAUCAAUAUGUUGAUUGAUUUAUUGUUAUGCUAUUAAAAACAAGCGGAGAAACAACGUAAUUCUUAAUUCCUAAUCGCCUCCAUUUACAUAAAUAUUUCUCUCUCUGCAAUUUGCCAUAUGAAAAAACAUUCUAAAAUCAUUUAUAUAUAAAUUUUUUAUAUUUUUUUCGUAAGUGACAUAUAUCAUCUGACAUAUGAGGGUGAAUUUUACUAAAUUUUUCACAUUGUGAGUAAUCCUCAAUGCCUAAAAUAAAAUUCCCUUUAUGCAAUGCUUAUUGAAUUUCCAUACCAAUUUCCAACUAUUGUUUGUUGAAAGAGAAUUCUUUUAGUAUUUUUAAAAAUAAUCAAUCGCCCAGGAGGGCUAAGAUUGAGCAUGCAGAAUCUCAGGUGCUAUUACCUUGUAUUUAUCGUGCCUAUUUAAUGUAACAAUAAUGAUUCCGAUGUGAGUGUGUGUAUUUUUUAUGGUAAUUCUAGAAGCUGGUAGGAGGGCUUAUUAAUUUUGUAACAUAUAUCCUGUAGAAAUUAAGUUUUAUUCUUUAACUAACUAUCUUGCAUUCGUCAAUGGUGGCGUUGCUCGUGAAUCACAAUCGUGCCUUAUUCGAUUUAUCUUAUUUUGUAUAGGAACAUUAUUUGUAAAUAAUACGCUUGACCACCCACGUACGUGCGGCUUUGCGAUGGAUUGUCUGUACUAAUGUCUGUUGGUGACCGUAAACAUUGAUAUCUUU